GCUGUCUCGCACUAUGGAUAUCAUCAGCAUCCAGGAAGUCCCACAACAACAACAAUUGAUCAUGGAGGAAGUUCCUCAGCAAACUUUACCGGAGGCUACUAUUGUAGAAAUGGAGUCCGGUAGCAUGCAUGUCCGCACAUCCGAAAAGGCAGCCAAGUGGUGGGUGUUAUAUUUACAAAUGGCUAUUCAAAGCAUUACACUAGUAUAUGAAGAUCUUGGAACAGCAUUCCAUAGCCUGGGGGUGGUGUACGGAGAUAUGGGAACCUCACCCAUCUACGUUUACUCAAGCACAUUCUCUAAUGGGAUCAAACACGAGGACGAUAUAAUUGGGGUCCUCUCCAUCAUUUUCUACACCAUCACCCUAAUAGCUCUUGUCAAAUAUAUCUUCAUCGUUCUCCGAGCCACUUACAAUGGAGAAGGAGGUACAUUUGCAUUGUAUUCUUUGAUAUGUCGACAUGCAAAUGUGGGCUUAAUUCUAACUCAAGGAGCAGAAGACGGAGACUUGUCGACUUGCAGCCAGGAGUUGCCAAAUGAUGCCAAUCGUCUGGCUCUAAGACUCAAAUAUAAGCUAGAAAACAGCAAAACUUGGAAGUUGUUUCUUCUCCUUGCCGCGAUGCUCGGUACUUCCAUGGUCAUUGCGGACAGUGUUCUCACUCCCUGCAUUUCAGUAUUGUCUGCUGUGGGAGGUCUAAAAAAAGCAAGUUCAGCCGUGACAGAAGAGGGGGUAGUUUGGAUAGCAAUUGCUAUUUUAGUGCUUCUCUUCAUGGUGCAAAGACUAGGAACAGACAAAGUAGGAAUAAUGUUUGCACCAAUAAUUUGUCUUUGGUUUUCACUGAUCGGUAGUAUUGGCAUCUAUAACUUGGUUAAGUACGAUGCAAAAGUUGUGAAAGCCGUUAACCCGAUAUAUAUCAUAGACUAUUUCAAGAGAAACAAGAAGAAUGCUUGGAUUUCUCUUGGCGGUACUGUUCUCUCAAUAACAGGAACUGAGGCGCUAUUUGCAGAUGUCGGCCAUUUCACUAUUCGAUCUAUAAAAAUAAGCAUGUGUUGUGUAACAUAUCCAGCUCUAAUUGUAGCGUAUGCUGGACAAGCCUCUUUUCUAAGGAAGAAUAGUCAGUUUGUCGCUGAUGCAUUUUUCAAGUCCAUACCACAUGUUGUAUAUUGGCCAACUUUUGUGGUGGCGAUUUUAGCCUCAGUAAUAGCGAGUCAAGCUAUGAUUUCUGGGACGUUUUCGAUAAUUCAACAGUCCCUCCCGUGGGGAUGCUUCCCUCGUGUUCAAAUUGUUCAUACAUCGAACAAGCACCGAGGACAAGUCUACAUCCCGGAAGUCAAUUAUCUUCUUAUGUUAGCCUGCAUCGCCAUUACUCUUGGAUUCAGGACUACUGAAAGGAUUGGGGACGCUUAUGGUAUAGCUGUUGUGCUUGUGAUGAGCUUGACAUCACUAUUCAUUGUAUUAGUCAUGGUUCUGAUCUGGGAAACUCACAUCCUCAUCGUGAUGGCCUAUUGUCUGGUUAUUGGUGGGGUUGAGUUUAUCUACUUCAGCUCCGUGCUAUAUAAGUUUAAUCAAGGGGGAUAUAUGCAGCUUGUUUUUGCCUUGUUCCUUAUGUCAAUUAUGUACAUAUGGAAUUAUGUGUACAGGAAGAUAUACAACUUUGAGCUAGACCAGAGUAUCUCAGUCAAUAAUGUGGAAGAAACAAUGGCUAGGAUAAAUUGUCAUCGCUUACCAGGACUUGCUAUCUUCCAUUCAGAUAUUGUCCACAGUAUUCCACCUAUUUUCAAGCACUACCUAACAAAUGUGCCCGCCGUGCAUUCUGUACUUCUGUUUGUGUCCUUCAAGUCACUUCCUAUGAGUGAAUCUCCAACGGAAAAAAGAUUCAUUUUCAGUCGAGCGCAUCCAGCUGAUUUGUAUGUUUUCCACUGUGUGGUGACAUACGGAUAUAAUGAUAUUCGCAACAGCCAAGAGCCAUUUGAAAGCUCGCUACUUGAGAGGUUCAGGGAGUUCAUAAGUGAACAACAGGAGGAAGAAUCAGUAAAAGAUAGAGAACUUGAAGUGCUAGACAGAGCCCUGCAAAACGCGGUGGUUCAUCUUGAAGGGGUCCGCGAUGUAAUAGCCAAAGAGGAAUCUAGUAUGGUCAAGAAAGUUGUAAUAAAUUAUUGUUAUAACUUUUUAAAUAGGAACAUAAGGCAGAGGAAUAAGGUGUUUGAUGUCCCUCACAAGCACAUGUUAAACAUAGGAAUGACAUAUGAACUUUAGCUCAUGCUCUAAAGUUCAUAUGAUGUACAGGGAAGAAUCGUUCUUUAGAGUUUGUAAAAUUAAGUUUAUGUAAGACUAGAUAAAAUCGUUAUUUGAAGCCUAAA